AUGGCCCAGUUGUUGAGGACAUGGUGUAAAGUGAGUGCAGAGCUCAGCCUGUCCUCUGGCGCCCCCUGUGUGGCUCAGUGUGAGAAGUGCAGCUGUGACAUCAGGGCGACCUUCACCCCGUCCCUCCUCCACCCGUACAGCACCGUCCUGGGACACCUCCAGCUCCACAACACCACCGCCCUCGACCUCCUGCUCAACCGCUGCCUCUUCACUGUCGGCUGUUUGACCUGCUCCCACGACUCAGCUGCAGAGAAUCUGUCCUACGGCCAAACCAAAGAGUUAAACUGUGAGCACUGCCACGACAAACUCAGCCUCCAGGUCCAAAGUGCACGAUUCCUGCUGAUUCAGCCCCGCAGCAGCAAAACAGGUCCGAGCGACAGCACCGUCCACCUGAGAGCACCCCGAGACCCCCCGUGCAGAAGGGCAAGCCCCUCCCCCAGAAAGGAGCCUGUAAACACUACAGACAGAGCCACCGCUGGCUCAGGUUCCCCUGCUGUGGUCGGGCUUAUCCCUGUGAUGUUUGUCAUGACGAGGACCAGGACCAUCCGAUGGAACUGGCCACGAGAAUGAUCUGUGGGUUCUGCGCCAAAGAACAGAGUUUUUGUAAUGCAAAGCCGUGUGUGAGCUGUGGGAGCCUGAUGACCAGAGACUCUUACAGUCGUCACUG